GGUUCCCAGGUGAAGCCCUAUGAGGGAUGGUUACGUGCCUCGGGGCGUGGCUACGCCUCCCCGUCCCAGCUGGUGAGAGCUGCUUGCGUUGGCCUUGUGGCGUGGGUGCACCGCUUCUCCAGAGGGAAGAAUUAAAUAUUAUGAGUAGUUCUGGAUUAAGAGACCUUGUGGAUCCGAAAGAAUAAGUCGUUGGGUUCUUGUUAAGAAUGCUGUUUUUUUUUAAUUUCUAUUUUCUCAAGACCAUAAAGUGAAUGCUGCUUUUCAUCUGUCUACAUUAUUGGUUUGGAGGUACCAAGUAAGAAACUAAUAUAUAUGAUGCUGGAAAUUUUUAAACACAAACUGCUAAUGAAUGAAAGGCUUAAAACAGAUAUAUUUUUGAAGUUACCAGAAAAAUGACUGUGAAAACAGGGAUCAAGAAGACUGAUGGAAAACCACUUAGGAGGGAACCAUAGAAGAUGUACACUUCAGAAGAGAAAUGUAACCAGAGAACUCAAAAAAGGAAAAUAUACCAUGUAUGCCCUCAGAAGGGGAAAAAGAUUUAUAUUCAUGUGCAUGAAAUUACUCAAAUAGAUAAUCAAAUAUAUCAGUGCCUUGAACGUGAACAAAACUUCUGUGAAAACUUAGCACGAAUGUGUGAGAGAACAUACACUGGGGAGAAACCUUAUAGAUGUGAUAUGUGUGAGAAAACCUUCAUCCAAAGUUCAGAUCUUUUUUCCCACCAGAGGAUCCAUAAUUAUGAGAAACCUUAUAAGUGUAGCAAAUGUGAGAAGAGCUUUUGGCACCACUUAGCCCUUUCAGGACACCAGAGAACACAUGCAGGUAAAAAGUUUUAUACCUGUGAUAUCUGUGGCAAGAAUUUUGGUCAGAGCUCUGAUCUGCUUGUCCACCAGCGAAGCCAUACAGGUGAAAAACCUUAUCUGUGUAAUGAGUGUGAUAAAUGCUUCAGUCGAAGUACAAAUCUCAUAAGGCACCGAAGAACUCACACAGGUGAGAAACCAUUUAAGUGUCUGGAAUGUGAAAAAGCUUUUAGUGGGAAAUCAGAUCUUAUUAGCCACCAAAGGACUCAUACCGGUGAAAGGCCCUACAAAUGCAAUAAGUGUGAGAAAAGUUACCGACACCGGUCUGCCUUCAUUGUGCAUAAAAGAGUUCAUACUGGGGAGAAGCCGUAUAAGUGUGGUGCCUGUGAGAAGUGCUUUGGCCAGAAAUCAGACCUUAUUGUACACCAGAGAGUCCAUACAGGUGAGAAACCAUAUAAAUGCUUGGAGUGUAUGAGAAGUUUUACUCGGAGUGCCAACCUAAUUAGGCACCAGGCAACUCACACUCAUACUUUCAAAUGCCUUGAAUAUGAGAAAGGUUUCAACUGUAGCUCAGACUUUAUUGUACAUCAGAGAAUUCAUAUGGAAGAAAAACCACAUCAAUGGUCUAUGUGUGAGAGUGACUUUCUCCUAGGUAUGGACUUCGUUGCCCAGCAGAAAAUGAGGACUCAAACAGAGGAGCUCCAUUAUAAAUAUAGUGUAUGUGAUAAAAGCUUUCAUCAUAGCUCAGCCCUUCUUCAGCAUCAGACAGUGCAUACUGAUGAUGAAUACAUCUGUGAUAUGAGUGAAAAAGGACUUGAUCUCAGCUCUCACACAUCAGAAACCUCACGGAUGUCUUGACAAGAAGUCACAUAACCUUAAAAAUAUAUUUACAUAUCAGAAUUCAAUAAAAGAAAAACUCCUAGGUAAAUUCAAGAUUUCUCUUAGAUCUCAGACUUCAUUGGAGUCCAGAGAAAGAGUCUAUAGUCUUGGGACUGUAAGGAAAGCUUUAAUGCAGAGAGUGGCCCUGUCAGGUCACCUUUAUUAGCCACACUUGUGCAGAACUCCACAAAUCCUCUGGGUUUUGGAAAACCUUCCUCAAGAUUCAUACAGGUAGGAAGCCUUACAAUGCAGUAUGAGAGCUCUCCAGCAGUGUUAAGUCCUAAUUUUUACAAGACAAUUCACACCAGAGAACGACCAUAUAAAUGUUUUGUAUUGGCAGUAUUUCAGACAGUAUGUACACCUUAGUGGAUAUCAGAAAAUUCACCUGGGGAGAAGCCCCAGACGUUACAAGAGAAAGCUUCUAACAGAACUCUGACUUUCUUAACCCCUCAGAGAAGUGAUACUGGGGUAAAUGGAUAUUUUAAUGUGGCAAAAACAUGUUGGAGAGUCAUACUUGGGUUUUCAUCCUCCUAGACAAAAAUCAGAGGAACAAUAAGUAUCUGAAUGAAGAAUUUUUAGCUCUUGGGACACAUCAGGGAACUCAUAUUAGUGAAAACCCAUAAAUGCAUUGUGUCUGAGGAGCUAGAAAGAAGCUCUUACCAAGUUGGGCCCCAGAAAACGAGUUCUGCCGAGGAGUUGUUCCAGUAAGAGAUCUAAUUGUGUGAGAAUCUGUAUAUAUGCUGUGUAUGCAAAGAGCUGUUUUCAUAGUUGAAACACAUUGUGAAAAAAAAAAAUGAAAAAACUAGAGUUGUAUGGAAAUAAUGUCUUAGCAACCCAAAAGCUUUUCUGGAGGAGCUGGGGCAGGUCAGCGUGGAUCUGGAGGGUAACUCAGGUAAAGAUGCUUCUCUUUUGUCUCAACCACUUAAUGAUUUAGUUUCUCUUUAAAAUUUUCAUAAAUCCAAUAAAGGAAAGAAGUGUAAUCUUUUGUAUAAGUAGGGCGUGGCUUAUUGUUGGAAGAAAGCAGUGCUUUGAUUUUUGCUUCCUGUUUGGUUUUCUUGUUUGUUUCUUAAAAUCUCUUUGGCUAGAAUGGGAAUGGUGUGUUGCUAAAAAGCUAUGGAGUACUUAGUUUGGGUUAAAAUUCUUAGUUUCCCUUUGGUAUGAUCAACCUCAACAAAAAGAAUAUUCAGUUCUUUGCUUAGUGUUGACAUCUGCCCUCAGAAUUGUCCUAAGAUGUCCAAAAUUGACCCUAAAAUUUCUUUUUGAGUUAUCACUGGGGUUGUUGAAAUUUCAUAUUUAUAGAUUCACUUACUUUCAAGUUGAAAUAACAAAUUUUAGGAUACUGGUUAUGAUGAUAUUAUAGUAUUCAGGUUUUUGUGACUAGCUUCAUCUCUUUUAGUGAUAGAUACUGUAACAGGUAGCUUAGAGCAGAAGGAAUAGGGGGCAGGUUGUAAGCCAGAGAAAGUAGAGGAGAGAUGCAAUGAAGCAUUUUAAUAGAGAAACAGGACACUAAUUUUGAGGGUCCUGACUCCAAAGCUAAUUUUCUUCUUCAGUCUAUUAUCCUGAUACUUUCAGCAAAUUAAGCUUCAUAAUGACAUUUUUUUCAUUUCAGUUCUAUCAAGGCAAGAAAAAUACAGUUUAAUCCCAGGGAAAGGAUUGCAGUCAACACAAUAUAAGGUAUAUUCUUGGUUUGGAAUGCAGGAUUCUAAAUGUUAGAAAAGCAGUCAGCAGAUUGACCUGAAGUUUAAGGAUAAAUAUGUGUUUCCAGUCCAGUAGGGUAACUGAUUGUCUUUCAAAUUCUUUGGAUAGCUCAUGACCCAAGCAUCUGUCUAAUGGUCACUCCUUUGCUUUCUUUGACUUAAAAAACUUAAUAUAAAUAUAUCAAGUUCCUGCAUAUUUGAGACUGUAUAGAAUUAUUUUAUUGCUAAUUACAGUCCUGGUUUUAUUGUAAUCUGUUUAGUGAAUCCCUGAAUUCCAGGAGGUAUUAGUGUUUGGAGUCCCGAAAUUGGUUUGGUGCUACCUUACAUGUGACUGUAAGCUCUCAACCUGAUAAUUGUUUGAUAAUCAUAAUCUUAAGGCCAGUGAAUUUAGCUCAGUAAAGAAUCUGGUUCAAGUAUUUUUUCCUUUUAGAAAACUGAUUGUGUCAAUUGUUUUGUUCAUUUUUGUUUAGUUGGUUUGGUUUGGUUUUCUGAGACUGUUUUUCUCUGUGUAGCCAUGGCUGUCCUGAAACUAGCUAUGUAGACUAGCCUGGCCUCAAACAUACAGAGAUUCUCCUGCCUCUGACUCCCUAGUGCUGGGAUUAAAGGCAUACACUACCACCACCUGUCUCUGUGUCAGAUUUUUUGAUCUAACAUGUUCCAGUAAUUUUAUAAAUAAUUUUAGUACUAUGAAAAAUUAUCCAUUGUGAUAAAUACAUGAGGUGUAUAUUUUUCUCUGUGGGGAAAAUCAUGCCUAUCACUAGUAAAAGUUUGAAAAUUGUGAUACUUAACAUAAUACUGGUUGUGUGACAAUGGCAGUUUAAAAAAAAAAAAAAAAAAAAAGAAAGGUCAUUAUAAUAGACCGUAAGGAAAGAGACAAAGCUUAAAACAAUAGUAGGCUUCCUUCAGGCUGCCUCACUGGUAAUUGUCUAUAGUCUGAAAUUAAAUUAACAGUGGGCUAUUCAUCAAACAGAAUUUUGAGGAUGUAAAACAGGCCUGAGGCUUUUUAACUGCUAAGAAUGUGUUGAUACUACAUAACAUAACCUGAGGUUGGAGAGGACCACAUGGGAGCCUGUAACCAAAGCUGGAAGGUAACUUCUGGGAUGGAUGGAGGUUCCCUUGAAGCAGUGCCAAGGCAAAUCUACCUCAGGUAAGUAGUCAGAGUAACUUUUUCAAGAUUUCAGACCAAAUGAGAUAAAUUAUGUUCCAUCAAUGUACUCCUCUAUGCUUAUUGUUUUUGUUUGCCUUUAAUUCUUAAAUAAAGAUUUGUUCUGA